AUGACGACAAUGAAGGUCAUCCGCGCCCACGAUGGCCGCUCCUUCAACGUCAAUCAGCCACUGGCCCAGUUCCACACGCUCGACGACCUCCUCGACUGCCUCUCGCUCGCCACAGAGAUUCCCUCGGACGCCAUCAUCUGCAUGACGGCCGACGGCUCCCAGCUCAAGGACGACGUCGUCGAACACAUUGCCCGCCUAGAGCGGGAGCGAGGAGGAGACGUACAGCAGACCCCAGCUUCGCAGCCCAAGCAACAGCAGCAGCAGCAGCAGCAGCAGUCACCGCCACCACCAACACCACCGCCGCCGAUCGAGUUUUUCGUCUUUAACCGCGACUUUCUCUACACCGACGCAGAGGCGCUGGCCGCCGAGCUGGCCGAUGUGGCCGAGCUAGCGCCUGCGGUGGGCGAGCUCGAGGUGAUCCACCCGCCGACGCCCAAGUCGCUCGAGGCGCUCGUCGCCUGGUCCAACCGCACCGCCGACCAUGUUGCUGUCCACGAAUCGCGUUCGCGCGACCUGGUCGACCACAUCCGCUGCAUGCUGCGCAGCACCCAGGUGGCCCUGCUCAACCUCCGCUCGCACUCGGACAGCAUCCGCCGCGGCGCCGACGCCCUCGCCGAGCUCGCCACCACCGAGCUGGCGCGCAUGCAGGGCCUCCUCGACGGACACGAACGAGACCUUCGCAUCCUCAGCAUGGUCGCCAUCCACCCUCGCCUUCUCUCCGCGGGGAGCAGUGGCAGCGGCAGCGGCUCCGCCCACAACCAGAGCUCCACCGCGGCCGGCAAGGAGCGACACCUGGGCGACUACGUCAGCCGAGUCAAGAUGAAUGCCGUCGCCGAUGCCUGCGCUCGGGUCUACAGUGAGCUGCGUGACCGCAUCACCGCCCUCGAAGAGAGCCGUCACCAGCUCGACGCCGAUACCGAGGCACUCUCGCGCGAGGUCGAGGCGACCGAUGUGGCGCCCUCGGCCGACACGCUGCACGAGGCGUCCGAGGCGGCAGCGCGCGCCGCCGAACUGCUGCGCUUCAUCGACGCCAGCUGCUCGCCCAACGACCAGGGCUGGCCCGCCACCUAUGACCGGCUCGACGAUGCCACCUACGACGAAGUCGUCGCCGCCACCGACGAGCUGGUGCUGCUCGACGACGUGGCGCGCCAGAGCGCGCUCCGCCUCGUCCAGGAUCGCAACGAUAUGCUGGCGCGCUGCCUUGAGCUGUUGCAGGACAUCAGCAGCCUCCAGUCCGAGUUUGCCGAUCUUGGCGCGGGUCUCGCCGCCGUCGAUGCCGAUCUGCACUCGAACAAGGUCGACGGCUUCAAGCACUUGCAUCGCCUCAAGAACAUGCUGUGGGCCUACGGCGCCACGGUGCUCGAGGUGGUGCGACGGCGCGAAUUUGCUCGCCACUUUCUCUCCAAAUCCCAGGCGCUCGCCGAGCUCAUGGCCAAGCUGUCGGCCACGGAGCGCAAGCGGCGUCAGCGCUACCGCUCCAACGUGUUUGGCCAGCUGCCCUGGGAGGUCAAGGGCAUGGAGGAGCUCGCCCCUGCACUCGAGAUCACCACGGCCCGCACUGGAGGCAGCGAUGGCGGCGGCGGCGUGGCCGAGCUUGGGCGUGAGGACCUCGAGGCGCUGCUGCAGCUUCUCGACGCCGUCGAGCGGCGUCUUGUCGAAGAAGAGGGAGCGGAAGCUGCCGCAACAGAGGUGGCGAGCCCGAUCCAAGAGGUCAAGGUGGCGCUACAACGGCUCAUGGUCGUUCUCGACGACUGGGAAGGGGAAUUCGCCUUCCUCGUCCACACGCAGCUCCUCGGCGACGACGAGCGCUUCGAAGACGAGGAAGACGAAGAUGAUGAUGUUGGCGACCUCGAUAGCGGCUCCGACACAUCGAUGCGCGCACACACGCGGCAGCGCGCCAGGUGGGCAAGGCUCGAGGCCGCCCGCGGCCGCGCUCGCACAGCUGCGCCCGCGGAUCGGACCGAGAUCGAGGCGCUCGAGCGGCAGCUGCAAGACGAGCGAGAUGCGCGCAAGAAGGACGAGGAGGCGGUCAGCGCGGCCCAUCGCAGCGAGAUCGACGCGCUGCGUGCCAAGCUCGACGACCUCGGCCGCGAGCUGGCCGCCGAGCGAGCCCAGAGUGAACAAAUGGUGCGUCAACGGACCGCCGCCGCCGAAGCAGAACGCGAUGCAGUCCGAGCCGACCUCGAACUGGAACGUGAGCGCCGGCUCAACAUGGGCGACGAGCUGUCGCACCUCCGCACUGCGCUCGAGGAGGCUCGCCGCGCCGAGGCCGAGGCGCGUCAAGAGGCCAUCGAGGAGGGCGACCAUGCCAGCGAGGUAGAGGCGCACCUCCACGCCAUGCAGGUCGAGCUCGACGAGGCGCGUGCCGCCCGCUUGGACGCCAGCAACAGGAUCGAGGCUCUGCUGAGCCAGGGCUCGGGCGCCGAGCAGGAGCUGCGUGCCGCUCAGCAGCGCAUCGACGAGCUCACCGAGCAGGUCACGGCCGCCCACGCCGAGACGAGCCGCGUGCGCGAGACGGUUGCCGAGAUCGAAGCCGCCAAGGAGCGCCAGAUCCGGUCCCACCGCGCCGAGGCCGACGGCGAUCGCGCAAUCCUCGAGGAGAAGGUGCGCGCGCUCGAGCACGACCUCCACGAUCAGCGGAUACGCACCAAGCGUGCCGAGGACGGCCGCAAGCCCGACCACGAUGCCAUCGAACUCCUGCGCGGCCAGCUGCGCGCCGCGGAUGACGCUCACGAGGAGAUGGUCAAGCAGAUGGAUCAGGCCCGCGAGCUCGCUGACCAAGCCGAGGCCGCCCGGCGCGACGUCGAGACGAGCCGCCAGCAGAUGCUCGAAGCCGUCCGGCCCCUCCUUUCCCGCUCGCACCAGCUGCGCAAGGCGGUCCGCGCGAUGCCGGCCUUGUCAUCAUCGUCAUCUUCAUCGGCGAAGGCUGCCGCCGCUGUGGCCGGCCAAUCGUCCUCUCUGCCGCCCCCGCCACCAUCAUCAUCGUCGCUGCAGCAGGUGCGCGGCGCCGGCAGCAGCAUGGCGCUGUCGGUCGUAUCCGAAGCGGAGCGCCAGGCGGCCAUGGAGGCGUUCGAGUCCGACGCCGAGGCGGCCGACGUCGACGUUACGCUCGAGGCGCUGCGUGCCUUUGAUCCUGCCGAAGCGUUCGACGAGGUGCGCGCCAAGCUCGACUCGCUCACCACACUGAUCCGAAAGUGGCAAAAGGCGUACAAGAGCUCCAACGAAAAGACGCAACGGGCGCUGGCGGCUGCGCGCGACAAGAUCGCCUUUCGCAACUUCCAGCCGGGCGACCUGGCCCUGUUUCUGCCGACGCGUAACUCGACCGCGAAGCCGUGGGCGGCCUUCAACAUCAGCUUCCCCCACUUUUUCCUCCGCGCCACUGGGCAGCUGGCCGAGCAGCUCAAGACCAAGGAGUGGAUCGUGGCCCGCAUUGUCGCCAUCACCGACCAGGUGGCCACCAACGGCGACCGCCGCCGAGCGGCCGACGAGGCCAGCACCGCCAACGGCAAUGGCAGCGGUAGUGGCACCGCCAACGGUGGCGACGUCGUCGAUGGCAACCCAUUCCAGCUGGCCGAGGGAGUCCGGUUCUACCUGCUUGACGUCGAGACCUGGAACGGCCCCAGCGCCGCACCGCCCGCGCUGCGCAGCCGUAAGAGUUCGGCCGCCCUGCCUGCAGGCGAGCGCGGCGCCGCUGCGGCCUCGACAGACAUCGGCAAGCGGGAACGCGGGCCCGAGAGGCGCAAAAGCGACAUCCUGCCCUCACGCGGCGCCCCGAUCUCAGGAGCGUCGGUGCGCGACGAAGAGGAGAAUCCGCGAAAAGAUCGAACAACGUCUGCAGCCGUUGCAGACGAUGCCGAAAAGACCGGCAACGACAGCAAGGCGUUCCAGCGACGGGCGAGCGAGGGCGAUCGCCCGUCGGAACCCGUCGUGGGCCUGACUACCGCCGCCAACGCUAGCAACGAUGUCGCAUGUGACAACGAGGCCGAGGCCGAGACUGGCCAGCGUCCAUCGACGCCGCCGCUGUUGACGCCUGAUGGCUCCCCCUUGCAGCCGGCGCCACCGCAUCCGCCGCAACCAGGCCUCGUCGACGCCACCAUCGGGCGCGGAACCGCUGCAGUCGAUCAUUCCACUGCCGAACCGCAAACGCCAGCAGCAAACGAUGCUCUCCACUCGCCCCCCGUAUCCUCGGAGAGGCGCCCUCGCUCUCGCGAUGCGCAUGCCACAUCACUCUCGGAGAUUGCUGCCAAUGCCGCCAUGUCGCCGACGCGAAGCAGCACGGGGCCCUCGGCUCUCACGCGCGCCAUCCGAGCUUCCUCGCCCGUCUCGCUGCGCGGUGUCGAACGUCUGCACAACGGAAGCGGCGGACUCGCCCUGCCCCGGACGGGUACGGGCAUGGGUAUCUCUGGCUCGAGCUUUGGCGGGUCAACGGCGCCGCCACCGCCUGCGCUCGGUGCGUCGACGGCCUACGGCGGCAACACGUACGGCGGCAACACGUACGGCGGCACCAGCAGCGGUCCCGGCAACGGAGGCGGUGAUGGCGCCAGCAGCAGCGCAACAACGAACGGGAGCGACUCGAAGCGAUCGGCCAUCAUGGAACGCGCCGCCGCCCUGCCGGCAUUCGGGCGCGCCUCUGGCCGCAGCAACAUGCGCUUCGAGUCGCGCCGACACCAGCAGCACGGCAAUCGCAACGGUGCCGGUGGCAUGAGCUCUGCCCCCGCGUCUCAGACGAUGGCGGUAGCGGCGACCAUUGAUUCGGCCUUAGCCCCCGCCAACCCUUUCUCCCAGAGCCCUUCGGCCGGCGCUCUCUCCUCGAGCCUUGCCGCCCAGCCUCUGCGUCGGACGACACUGUCCCAGCGCACCGACGCGCCCGCCGUCGUGGUCGUCGCCGAGGAUGAAGGUCAGGAGGGCGAAGGAAAGGGCAAGGGUGGGCAAGCGCAACAAGGCUCGCAGCCGCCAAAGGUGCAGAGGUGGACCGAGCCAGCCGUCGCCUCGGCGAUCCCGACGAGGAACGUGCGCCGCGGCAGCAGCACGGGCCGCACUAGCGGCUUUUCAAUCACCUCGUCGCCCUCGACGGGGACCAUGGGAUCGCCGCGCGGCCUCGCCGGCAGCCUGGCCGGCCCUCCGCCAGGGCCUACGUCGCAGAUCAGCACCGAGCAGGCCACGGGUCGCAGCACCCUCGGCAGCAGCGCCGAGAGCGCGCGUGCAGCCCCAAGGCCAUCAACGCCUGCCGCCGCUGCCGCUGCCUCCAGCCCGAACACGAGGACCUUUAGCGGGAGCGGGGCUGGUUUCCUCUCGCAGACGCUGGGACGCUUUUCGGGCCAAGCAGCCGGCCCGCCCUGGUCGUCUCCGCCGCCAUCGGCAUCGACCGCCCACAAUUCCACCUCCACCGUCACCGCCGCGCACGCCGCCGAUGCCGCCGCCGCCGCCGGCGGCUCCACCACCAAGGGGACGAUGAGCGCGAUGCCGGGAAGCGAGUCAGGCAACAGCCCCAAGGCCGCGACGACGUCGGCUCGGCGGCGCAGUCGACCGGGUCUCGACGCCGUGCUGCCCUUCCGUCGUGGCGCUAGCGAGACUGCUGCUGCGGCGACGGCGCUGGCGGGUCAGACACGUGCUGAUAGUGGCGAUGACGGCGAGCGUGAGGGCCCGACGGCAGCGGCGGCGGCGGCGGCGGUCGAGGGCCCGUCGGGGCCGGCAUCCGGAGGCAGCUCGGCGGCUAGCCAGAUGCUGCGACGGGUCGGCGGCUUCCUGUAA